AUGCACUUGCAGUCGCUAAUUAUAGUCAUAAGUCAAUUAUCUCUAAUUUUCCUAACACCAUUCAAUAUGCUUUAUACUUUUGUACACAAAAAUAGUUUGCAAUCGAGAGAUAUAGCUGUGAUUUUCAACCUUACCAACUGUAUUACUUUGGUCAGUUAUAAGAGAAAUAAAAUAACUGAAUUUUCAUGUGCAAUUUAA